AUGGCUCAGUCCUCCAAUAUUGACACCUCCCGUAUCUCUCCCGUAGAACGGCGCAACUCCCUGGAGAAGUAUCUCCAACAUCGGCCUAACCCCCAGGACCUGAAAGAUAGGCACAUUUUGCUGGAUACCAAAGUUGCCCCGUCCCUGCAAGCUGCACAACAGGAACUGGCCCGCCAGAAGGCCGCAGACAGCCUCAAAAGACACCUGGAGAAAAGGCCUGAUCGUGAGGACCUUGUUGAGAGGAACAUCCUCUCGUCUUCCACCGCAGCCCCAGCCCUCCAGGCGUACGCCCGUGAACUCCAAAAGCAUAUGCUGACCGACAACCUUGAGCAUAAGAUUCAGAGUCGUCCGAAGCCUGAAGAGCUCAUCAAUCGGGGUAUUCUGGAUGAAAGUGAUAAUCCCACUCACGCUACUUAA